AUGCAGAGGCACGUGGAGGACAGCGGGCGGGGUGCUCAGCAGGAGCGCUUCGCUCCGCCCGGGACAGCGGGGUGGCGCCGCCGCCCCGAGCCCAGAAGCAGCGCGCCGGGCUCGGGGCGGAGGGAGCGGGCACUUCUCCCCCCGGGGUCUGCGCUCCGCCCCCUCCUCCGGCCGGGCCCACGCGGCCCCGUGUGCCCCACCCCCACCGACGUGCGGUCCCGGGCUCCGGCCGCUGCCCCCUCCCCUGGGAGCGUGUGUCUGCCCCGGAGCCGGGUGGCCCCGCGCCGCGGCGGCGACUCCGUCUCCUUCUCCGGUUCUCUGCGCGCCGCGCGCGUGUGCGCCCCCCGAGACCCCGCCCUCCCCCACCCCUUUGGGCCGCUUCCCGCCAGCCCGGAGUCGCCCUCUGGGGGGGAGGAGCGCCGGACGGAGGCGGACCCAAGCCGCCGGGGAGAGGGCGCGGGCGCCCCGGCCCGGCCCGCCCCAGGCCCCGCCCGCCCCGCCCCGCCCCCGCCUGCCCCCGCCGCCCCCCCUCCUCCCUCCCUCCCCUCCCUCCGCCGAGGGGCCGGGCCGGGGUGGGGCGGAAGGGACCGGCGCGAGCGCUUGCGGCUGCCGCUGAAGGUUGCUCCGCGCCGCCGCGCCGCCGCCGCGGACUGUGCUGGCUGGAGCUGCCGGCGAACCCGCGCGGGCUUUGUUCAUCCUCCUCGUCCUCCUGCCCGCCGCCGCCCCCAGGCAGCGAGCCCCCCGGGGAUUGGUUUCGCCCUUCGCCGCCGGAGGCGCGCGGGCGCGGGCACAGGGGAGGACGGGGGCGGGGCCGCCGGCCGCCGGAUUCCCGUGCGGGGCUGCUGGCUCCUCUGGCUGGCCGCCGCCGCCUCGGCCCGCGGGGAGCCGGGGGGCAGCAAGAGCAGGAGCUGCGCCGAGGUCCGCCAGGUCUACGGGGCCAAGGGCUUCAGCCUGAGCGGCGUGCCUCAGGCGGAGAUCUCCGGCGAGCACCUGAGGAUCUGCCCACAGGGCUACACGUGCUGCACCAGUGAGAUGGAGGAGAACUUUGCCAACAGGAGCCGCAGCGAGUUGGAGGGUGCCCUCCGGGAGACCAGCCGCUCCGUGCAGGUGAUGCUCAGCACUCAGCUCCGGAACUUUGACAGCCAUUUCCAGGACCUGCUGAACAAGUCGGAGCGGGCUCUCCAGGACACGUUCCCUGGCGUCCACGGGGACCUGUACACCCAGAACGCGCGGCUCUUCAGAGAUCUCUACUCCGAGCUCCGCCGCUACUACCGGGGGGCCAACAUCAACCUGGAGGAGGCUCUGGCCGAGUUCUGGACCCGCCUGCUGGAGCGGCUCUUCAAGCAGCUGCACCCCCAGUACGUGCUUCCCGACGAGUACCUGGACUGCAUGGGCAAGCAGGCGGAAGCCUAUCGGCCCUUCGGCGAGGCGCCCAGGGAACUCAAGCUCCGGGCCACCAGGGCCUUCGUGGCUGUGAGGUCCUUCGUGCAGGGCCUGGGGGUGGCUAUCGACGUGGUCAGGAAGGUGUCCCAGGUACCCCUGGGGCAGGAGUGCUCCCGGGCCAUCAUGAAGCUGCUCUACUGCUCCCAUUGCCUGGGCGUCCAGAGCCCCCAGCCGUGCUCCGGCUAUUGCCGAAACGUGAUGAAGGGCUGCCUGGCUAACCAGGCCGACCUGGACACCGAGUGGAAGAACCUGCUGGAAUCCAUGCUGCUCGUGGCCGACAAGUUUGAUGGCCAGACAAGCGUGGAGAGCACCAUUGGGACGAUCCACGUUCGCAUCUCGGAGGCCAUCGCUGCCCUCCAGGACAACAAGGACACGCUCACAGCCAAGGUUUUUCAAGGCUGUGGAAACCCCCGAGUGAGCGGCAAGGGCUCAGGCGGAGAGGAAAAGAGACGGCGAGGGAAGUCUGUGGCAGAGGAGAGGCCCUCGGGGAUCGGGCUGGAGAAGCUGGUCUCAGAAGCCAAAGCCCAGCUCCGGGAUGUCCGAGACUUCUGGGUCAGUCUCCCCAGAGUUCUGUGCACCGAGAAGGUGGCCAUGAGCUCGACCCUUGACGAGCGUUGCUGGAAUGGGAUGACCAAAGGGCGGUACCUCCCCGAGGUGAUGGGCGACGGCUUGGCCAGUCAGAUCAACAACCCUGAGGUGGAGGUGGACAUCACCAAGCCCGACAUGACCAUCCGCCAGCAGAUCAUGCAGCUCAAGAUCAUGACCAACCGCUUGCGCAACGCUUACAACGGCAAUGACAUCGACUUCCAGGACACCAGCGAUGACAUCAGCGGCUCGGGGAGCGGCGACGGCUGUUUGGACGAGGUCUGUGGGAAAAGACUGAGUAAAAGUCAGAGCACGCGGCAGCCCGAGACCCACGCCAUCCCCAACCUGUCAGAGCAUGACGGGAGUAGUGCCCCCGGCUGCCCCCAGCCUUCCUCCCUGCUCCUCCUCCUCCCCCUAGCCCUUGCCGCAACAUGGUCCCUGGGGCGAUAACCGCCCUGCCGGCCAGAGGGACUAUGGCCGAGGCCGGCCUUUGCCAAACCGGACGGACGCUGUUUGAUUCAUCUCGGCAGAUGGCGAGAAUGCACGCGAGCUCAAGGGGAAGGGCGGUGACCGAGAGUGACCGUGGCCCCCGAAGCCUUCAUCCACUCUGACUCUUGGGCCCCAGGCCCAGACCUGGCUGUUUGUUUGUUUUGGUUUUUCUGUUUUUUUCAUUUCCUUCUUUUCCGGGGGCUGCAUGAGGCUCUCCAGUUGAUGGCGCCUCCCCCAAAGGAUCUGCAGCGGGAGACCCCCGAGGGUCCGGCAGCAGAGGGUGGCGGGGGGCCGAGUCUGAAUGGUUCCUGCCCCUCGAGAAAGCUGAGUGCCCGUGCCUUCCUUCCCCCAGCAUCCCUGCAAGCAGCCGUUCCCCAUGUGGGAGCCGAUUCACGAGCUUAUCCCGAGCCCUGCCCUUGAUGCAAAAUCCUCCAAUGAAGAUCUCAAGGAAAUAAGUCUUUCUCCUUAGUUAAAAAUUAGUUCUCCGAGCAGCCGGCGGUCCUCGGCCCGGGAGGUGCCCAGGAGGGGGAGUUUCUAUUCUGCAUGAGAUUCCAAACUUCACCCCCAUCUCCACCGACACUCGAACCCGUGACUCCGCUUCCAUGGCGUUGGACGUUGAAACCCAGCGCGCUGCUGCCGAGCAAUUGGAACCCCCCACUCUGCGUUUUCUAGCCUGGCCCCAGCACCCUUUUCUCAGUGAAUCUGACCAUCAAAGGCUCUGUUUACAAUUCAGGCUUCUUGGAGAUACUGGUCCCCAGUGUCCAAUGUUGGAGGGAGCUAGUUCAAAGGGCACUAGAGGACGACACCAUGGCUGGAUUCGGGGGUUAUCUCAUUGCCUGACCCAGGAAUGGGCAGUUCCUGCGCCUGGUUUCCCACGAGCUGCCCCAUCUCUCAGCUAGGAUCGCUGAGGCUCACGCAGGGCAGAAGCCUUUCCUCGGGUCCCACAGCGGGUCGGCUGCUUGACCCCCUGAGAAGACAGCCGCUCCCCUAGAUCACACCAAAGCACCCUCUCCACGUUAGCAUUUCGGUUUUCCUUUGGCCCAUCGCUUCCCAUUCCCUGUAGCCUUUGCCUUGAUUGUCAGGAGGGAACUUAGAUCCCGAGGUUUCCUUUUUUCAUUUUUAAGUAUCCACAGAGAGAAAGAUGUCCGCUUCCCCCGGCAGAACCUCGCCCUUCAUGGGGUGUCGGGAUCCACGGGCCAGCAAGUCCCAGCCCCAAAGUGUGACCGGACCCCCCCAGUUCCUAGCCAGGAAAAUCACGAUGGGAUGUUAUGCUCUGUUACUCAUUGGUCUGACAUUGUAAGCUUUUUUUAUCUCUUUUUUUCUUUUGAUGGGGAGGUCGGGGCAGAAAGGUUGAGCCAAAAGGCUAAGCUUUUACAUGUAAGGGUUUUUAUAGGUUUGCAUAAACUUUUCAAUACUCCACAUCCCAUUUCCACCAUUAAGAACACUUUCUUGGAAUGAUUUUUCAAGAAACCUUUCUUUUGAGGAAGGCAAAAUGGAGAGAGAAAGAGCUUAUCUGGGAACGAGAGAAAGGGGGGUUCGAGUCCCGCCUGGGCGUCCUCAGCCAGUCGUCGAGAAGUCAGCAUUUCUUAAGCGCCUCUUGUGGGCCCAGCACUGUGCUAACUAUGGCGUUCUUCUAGACGCCGCGACCUGGGGCAGUCUCCCCUCCAAGCCCGGGCCGGUCCCUCACUGAGAAGUCCAGGCAGAGAGAGAGCAGUUUCCCAUGAGACCCCAGGAGCAGCCAUUCAUUCCCUACCGCCUCCAAAAAAAGCGGGUGUUCUCUGCAGUCUCCCCUGAAAUUCAGCCUCACAGAAUCUGGCCCCUUUAGACCUCGAGCCUAGGAGCUGUCACAGUGUUACUGAGCUAGAGCAUCCGUUGCUGGGGAGGAGAGGCCUCGGGGGGUGGGAUGGGGGCUGCCUCGUGGAGUCCUGCAAGCACAAGGCCAGAGCUGCCCAGUGGCUCCCUGAUGCUGCAUUCUCAUUGGUGCUAUGCCAUCCUCCCCCAAGCCCAGGCCCUCUGGCGAUUCCGUCUCCCCAUUCAGACCCCGGCAGCCAUUCUUCCCCAGGUUACUCCCCGCCACCAUCUUAAGCAGUGUUAUCCUGGCCUUUUCAUUAUUUUAAAAAAGGGGGGAUCUUGCAGGGAGAGCCCUUAGGGGGAACUGGGGUCCAGAUGUGGCCCCUUCCACCUACCUUAAAUAGCAUUUCUUUUCUUACUGCUCUGGGAAAAGAAACUGACUGGCCUAGUCAGGGGUCUUUAAAUAGGACCCGCUGUUCUUGAUAAGAGGAGAAAGGGCUAGAAACAGAUUAAAUUUGUCCCUGGAAGGGACAUGGAGGACAGGAACCUUCAAGCAUUCUCCUGGAGGGCCACAUGAUCAAUCUUAAUUUAAUGCCCAUUAUCCCUUGGCCUGAACGUGCUAACUGGAUAAAACACUAGAAACUCAGUGGGUUAGAAAACAGAUUUAGAGCCUCAAUCUAGACCCUUUCUAUCAUUUGACAGUUGAGUAAACUGAGGCUUGGAGAGAGAAACUGAUUAAGAUCACAUAGAUGGCAAAUGACAGAGGCCAGAGUUUUUGCUAAAAAAAAAUGUUUGCUAAAGGGCUCAGGUUGGCCAUCCCUGGCCCAUGGGUCCCAUGCUGGGACUGCCCUGAAAGGACACUUUAAGCCCCCAAACCUUUAGGCCAGCCAGCUCCCACGGCCUCCAGAGCAUCUUGCAGGGAACGAGUUAAAAUCCCAAAAUUGCCGCUUGCCAUUCAUCGCCGUUCCCAUAAUUCCACUUCAUGUCACAGUCUGGCUAGAAAAUGAAAACAGCAUCAACCCAACUCCUGGGGAGGCCGUUCAGACCAACCAAUACCUUUCUAACUUCCCAGGCCAGUGUCCCCCAGUCUUAAAUGCUGGCUUCCCAUCACGACUGGGACAUGCACUCCCCCCUCCACCCUCCUUCUGUUUGGAACCCGUGAGACGCCAUGGCUCAUGGACCCAAGAAAAUCUCAUUCAUGCAAAAGCCAGGCCCGGCUUGAUGCCUUUGGAUCAGUCCCUUCCCGAGUAAGAAAUCAUAUUCCGGCCCAGUUAAGCUAGAACCCGCACGGAGACCCCCAGCAAAGUGUAAGCUGUGAUUGUGGCCUUCAUUAGCACAGGUCAGAGAGGGAGGAAGGGGUCCGGAAGCCAUUUCAUCCGCUCCCUUUUUACAGAUGAGGAAACUGAGGUUCAGAAAGAGUAAACAUCAAAACGGGGGAUCGCAACACGGGUCUUCUGACUCCAGUCAGCAAGAAAGUUACAGCUCUUGUGCUCAGCCAUUAAAAUCACUCAACUUAGCAGCAUUCAUUAGGCGCUUACUAUAUGCCAGGGAAUAACAACAGGUAGUUAUGGGCUUCCCUCUCCUCCUUUUCCCCUGCAAGCAGCCUAGCCCAGGACAGUCCCCCCGUAUGGGGACGACACAGGAGCAGUAAAUAGACAGUAUCCAUCCUCCCACAAUUCACAGCCUAAUUUGGAAAACAACAUUCAAAAAAUUGUGUUCCAAGAGGCUUAUCAGUUUCAAGCUUUAAUAAUCAUCCCAACUUAAGUAAUUAUUAAAGCUUAAAACUGAACUUAGACUUUUGGGACACUUUAUGUAUUUCCACCAAGUGGGUUGAGUUGGGGGUGGCCACGAGCUUUGGGGGUUGGACAAUAAACAUUAAACUUCUGCCCUUAUGUUAAAGUACUAACCGGUACCACCUUAGUGGUAAAAGACCAUUUGGGAGAGUGGUUCAUUGUAAUAUAAAAUAAAGUAAAAAUAAAUUUAAUUUAAACCUCCCAUCCCCCAAAUGGAGAGUUCAUUUUGCCCACUGCUUAACGUCCCAAUUUCUACAAGUCAGGUUUGGGAUGGAGCGGGCGAGGGGGUCAGAAAAGGCUUUGAGAGCACAGUUGCUUUCCACUUCCAAGUCACAUAAACCUUUUUGUUUUCUGGUGGGCUUACGAAGGGAUAAGGACAAUUCAAUAAAAAUGUUUUAAAAGCCUUCAAAUUAUUCCUUUGCUUUGAAAAAAAAGAACGCAUCUCUCUCUCUCUCUGUGCAAAAUGAACAUUUCCUUCACUCCCUGGCAGAGCUGGCCAGAUAGUUAUAAAUUUCUUUCUGUUUCCAAGGUACCUGUAACUAUCUUGCACUGUUUAUUGGAAGGUGGAAUAUGUUCUUUGAAUCCUUGUAUAAAUAAAAAGGCUGGAGACUUAAACGGACGUCGGCGCCACAAACUCUUA